AUGAUUGAUGCAGGUCCUAUGCGAGAGUUCUCAAAUAUAGUGACAACAAUAUCAAAGUUAUCGAAGGAGUGUGUGUUACGAGUAGCAGAAGAUAAGCUUUACUUCAUAGUCAGCGACGAAAAUAAUGGGCCAGCACCUCCUAUUUUGUGGUGUGAGAUUCCUGAGUCAAUGUUUUUCUCUGAAUAUCAAAUGGUUGGGCUUGAUGAUGAGCACAAGGAUAUUUAUUUGGGAUUCGGAGCCGCCAAUUUAGCUAGAUCUCUCCUUACUUUGAAGUCUGCAAAGUCAUUGAAAAUGAAGUUGACUAAGAAGCAAUGUCCUUGUCUUACCUUGGAAAUUGAAAUGCCUUCAUCAACUUCGCAGCAAACGAGGCAUGUUACACAUGACAUUCCAGUUGUUGUUAUCCCCAGGAAGAUGUGGGCAGACUUCAAUGAACCCAAGAUACCAUAUCCUGAUAUUUCGAUAGAGCUUCCCCCAUUGAAACAAUUACGUACAACAAUAGAUCGCAUGAGAACUAUGGCAUCCGAAGUGGUUGUCCGGGCAUCGGCUGAAGGCAGACUAACAUUGCAAAUCAGAACAGAUAUGGCUAAAGUAUCAACAAGGUUUAAGGACUUGAAAGUGGAGGCUUUUGGAGGGCCCAUAGAGCAUUCAGAUUCCGAAACAGAAUCUCAAGUGAACGAAGACAUGUCCAGGAUUUGCUAUUGCCGUGUGGAUGCUAAGAAACUGGCUAUAUUCCUGAGCGCUGACCAAAUAUCCCACAAUCGUACAAUAUGCAGUAUUGUGCACAAGAAACUAAUUAUCCUGUGCUUGCAAACCCAAGAGAAUGUGAGGCUGCAGUGUUUUAUUACUGGGAUUGUUUAUUGA